UUUUGAUGCUCUCUGACACAGAUAGAUUCACUGACUUUCUGACUAAUUUGUGUGUUUAUAGUGAGUAUGAUGACGACCAAUCAGCUGGAAAAUAUCAAAACCCUUACAACAGACAAAAAGCGACUGAUUGAGGAACGAAAGAUGAUGGAAAACCAGAUUGAGGAGGUGAUCCGAGACAGACACCUGAGCGUAGUCAGAGCAGGACUUACCCGAGAGAGGCUUACUCAAGAGAGAGAGGAGCUGAACAAAGAGAGAGAAGAGCUGAGGAAAAAGAUUGACGAGCUGAGCUUAGAGAAAGAAGAGCUGAGCAAAAAGAUUGACGAUCUGAACAAUGAGAAAGAUGAGCUGAACAAAGAGAAAGACGAGCUGAGCAAAAAAACAGCAGAGCUGAGCAGCAAGACAGAGGAGCUGAACAAAGAGAAAGCAGAGCUGAGCAAAAACACAAAGGACCUGAACAAAAAGAAACUCGAGCUUAACAAAGAAAAAGACAAGCUGAGUGAAGACAAAAAGGAGCAGAGCCAAGAAAAAGAGAAACUGAACAAAGAGAAAGACGAGCUGAGCAAAGACAAAAAGGAGCUGAGCAACGAGAAAGAGAAACUGAACAAAGAGAAAGACGAGCUGAGCAAAGAGAAAAAGUAUCUGAGCACAGAGAAAGAGGAGCUGAAGAAAGAUAAAGCAGAGCUGAACAAAGAGAGAGAGAAGCUGAGAGUAUUGACAGACGAGGCAGAGAACCGAUGCAAAAACAGAGAUGCUCUGAAAAAGUUCUUCAAUCACGUCAUGAGAUUUAGGACAUUUCCAGUUUCAGAGAUGUGCCCUCUAUAUAUGAGAACAAAAUGUCCGGCUUGCAGGGAAAAGGAGCCAUUAUACAAGGGACACUGCUACUGGAUUUAUCCAUAUGACAUUGGUUUGCUAACCUGGUACCAAGGUGACAUCUGGUGUUUUGAUGAUGGUGGAAGUUUGGUUGUAAUUGAUGAUCUGGAGGAGCAGGAGUUUAUCAACAAUCACACCAAAAGAUACAAAGGUGACCAUGGAUACUGGAUAGGGUUACGUAAUGUUCGAAACAAAUGGUUGUGGGUUGAUGAACGUAGGAACACUCUUGAUUUCUGGAUAAAAGGGAUUCCCCAUACUUCAGGAGCAGCACUGCAUAUGUCAGAAAGAAAAGCCACAGAGAGCUGGAGAGCAGAAGACAUACAGAGAGAUAACAAAAUCAUCUGUGAGCGUCCGAUGAUUGUUUGGCCCUACAACUAACACUGUUCUCUUCAAGUUUCAAUGAGGAACACUCAACUGUGUCAUCAAACUUGAAUCUCAUAAAUAAAAACAGACAAAAAUUUG